AUGUUAAUAAUAGUAUCUAUAAUAAAUGUAGCAUCAGGAUGUGGACCAGGGAGAGGUGCUGGUCGACGAAGAGGAGUACAUAAGCUAACUCCAUUAGUUUUUAAGCAACAUGUUCCAAAUGUAUCGGAAAAUACUUUAGGAGCAAGUGGAUUAACCGAAGGUCCCAUAACGAGAGACGAUCCUCGUUUUGGAGAUUUAAUACCAAAUUAUAAUUCAGAUAUUAUAUUUAAAGACGAAGAAGGAACAGGAGCCGAUCGCUUUAUGACACAAAGGUGUAAAGAAAAAUUAAAUACUUUGGCCAUAUCUGUAAUGAAUCAAUGGCCUGGUGUGAAACUUCGAGUGACCGAAGGAUGGGACGAAGAAGGACAUCACGCCGCCGACAGUUUACACUACGAAGGAAGAGCCGUUGACGUGACGACAUCCGAUCGCGAUCGUAGCAAAUAUGGAAUGUUGGCAAAACUUGCCGUUGAAGCCGGUUUCGAUUGGGUCUAUUACGAAUCGAGAGCUCACAUUCAUUGCUCCGUUAAAUCAGAAUCAUCUCAAGCGGUUAAAACGGGAGGUUGUUUUCCGGGUGGUGCCAAGGUACGAACGAAAACGGGUGUGAAAAAAUCAUUGUCAUCAUUGGAAAUCGGAGAUGAAAUCCAAGUCGUGGAUUCGGAAACUGGUGAUUUAAAAUUUAGUGAAGUUCUUUUGUUUCUCGAUAAAAAACCGGAAAACGUUAAACAUUAUUUAAAUAUCGAAACGAAAUCGGGUAAAAAACUUCAGGUGACUCCGUCACAUUUAAUAGUCGCCAUUAAAAACGCGGGUUAUCAACAUGAUAAUAAUAAUUUGAUAACGGAAAGGACGGGAAAAAAUUUCGAAACAUUUUUCGCAUCGGAAAUAGAAAUCGGUGACGCAUUACUAACCGUCGGUCGCGACGGUGAUGAAAAACUAACGGACGAAGUCGUGAACGUGACAAACGUUCGACACGAAGGCGUGUACGCUCCCCUAACGGUCGAAGGAACCAUUGUGGUCAACGAUGUUGUCACUUCAUGUUACGCCGUCAUAAAAAGUCAUAAUUUAGCACAUUUAGUCUACGGUCCUUUAAGGUUAUACCAUAAUUUUCAACUGAGCUUUAAAAGGCUGUGGGAAAACACGCUCAAGCCGAAAACGAUAAAAGGAGGGAUUCAUUGGUACGCGAACGUUUUGUUCACCGUUGCCGAAUAUGUUUUACCAUCUUCAAUGAUGUAUGGUUCGUGA